CUUGGCUGCAUGACAUGCAAAUGAGACAGCACUAUGUCCAGAGGCACAGCUCUGGGUCAGAGGCUGUAUCAAGCUGCUGGCAAAGAACUUCUGUGAAGGGAUCAGGGCCUGACAACAGAACGAAGAUGCUGUGAUGAAGGUCUUUUACUAGAUGUAUGACCUCAGGAAGACACUUAAUUUUUCAAGCUUCAGUGACUUCAUGCGUAAAAUGAAAAUAAUAAUAGUCCGCACCAAAUUAUGUCACUAUGAGUGUAAAAUGAGAUAGUCCUUGGAAAGUGGUGAGCACAGUGCCCGGUACACUGGAAGUUUACGGUUAUGGUUCAAUUCAAUGUAACACAGCAGAAUUUGCUGAACAACUACAAUAUGCUGGAGACCCUGGCACCGGAUCCGUCUUGCAAAAACUGGCUGACAGCAGAGGCUGCCCUGAAGAAGUACUACCUUUCUAUUUUUUACGGGAUGGAGUUCAUUGUGGGAGUCCUUGGGAAUAGUAUGGUUGUUUUUGGCUACCUCUUCUGUCUGAAGAACUGGAAUAGCAGUAACAUCUAUCUUUUUAACCUCUCUAUCUCUGACUUGGCUUUUUUGUGCACACUUCCCGUGCUGAUAAGAAGUUAUGCCCACGGAAAAUGGACACACGGGGAGAUGCUCUGCACCACCAACCGAUACAUGCUUCACGCCAACCUCUACACCAGCAUUCUUUUCCUCACUUUUAUCAGCAUCGAUCGCUACCUGCUUAUGAAGUAUCCUUUCCGAGAACACGUUUUGCAAAAGAAAGAGUUUGCUGUUUUAAUCUCUUUGGCCAUCUGGGUUUUAGUAACCUUAGAGCUACUGCCCAUGCUUCUUUUUAUAAAUUUUUUUACAGGGAAUAAUGGCACCCAAUGCAGUGAUUAUGCAAGUUCUGGUAACCCCAUGUACACCUUCAUUUAUAGCAUGUGUCUAACCUUCUUGGGAUUCCUUGUUCCUCUUUUUGUGAUGUGCUUCUUUUAUUUCAAGAUUGCUCUCUUCCUAAAGCAGAGGAUCAGACAGCUGGCUACCACUUUGCCCCUUGAAAAGCCUCUUACCUUAGUCAUACUGGCGGUUGUGAUCUUCUCUGUGCUCUUCACUCCCUACCACGUCAUGCGGAAUGUGAGGAUCGCUUCACGCCUGCAGACCUGGGAGCAGCCCCCAUGCACUCGGGUCAUCAUCAGCUCCAUCUACAUUGUGACUCGGCCGUUGGCCUUUCUGAACAGUGUCAUCAAUCCUGUCUUCUAUUUCCUUAUGGGAGAUCACUUCAGGGAGAUGUUGGUGAAUAAACUGAGGCACCACUUCAAGUCCCUUACAACUUUUAGAAGAUAAGCUAAUGGACUGAUUAUGUUUGCACUCAGGGAAAAGUGAGAUCUAGGAGAAACAGAUUGUUUUACACAUGCAGUUGUAGGCCAGUUAGAGUUUGACAAACUCAUCGACAUAAAUCCAAGAGGAUCACUGAUCUGACCCUUUUUUAAAGACAUGGUGUACUCAGAAUACAUGGAAAAAAGGAUGACAAGAAUUUAUUGGUUUAUUCACCGAAGAAUUGGAAGAAGUUGGACUAACACAAAUGUUUGGACAUGUAAUUCUGAAAUCUUAGGUGUUACCAAAGUUUCUCAGUCGGUGCAAGAGAAAUAGAAGAUAGAUAAAAGAAACAAGUUUCUCUGCAUUUAAUCAUUGAUCAGACUGUAAAAAUAAAUUGUUUUCAUGAUA